UAAAAAAAUAUUUUCCAAAUUUCGGAGUAUAUAAAAUGGCGGAAGCGAAUGGAUCUCAUAUCAAGGUGACAGAGGUCUUGCCGUCCUUCUCCAGAACAUAUACACUCGUUCUCUCCGAAAUCGAGGACCAAAAGAUCACGACUCGUUGUGCUUGAGACACUUGAGCUAGUCUGAAAGAUCAGCACUCAAUAUCAAAGAACCCUACAGCUGCCAUAGAACCACUCAAGAGCUUGAGAGAACAUUCUAUUGCUUGAUUGAUGCACCACCAUAACUUCUGAGGUUUAGAGCCUACUCCAAGAUGGGGGGCAACCAUCGGAGUGGAUUUAAAAGGUCAAAUGUCAGCACAAGACUUAUUAUAAGUACUGUUUUGGGAGUUGUCAUUGGGUUCUUUGUUGGAAUUUCAUUUCCAAAUAUUUCUGAUGGCAAGAUUAGCUUACGUCCUGGCCUUUUGUACCCCAUCAAUGUUGCCACAGUUGAUGAUCAUAAGUCUGGUUCAGAUAAAAGUAAAUCUUUACAGACAGAUGGAUUGCGUGAUAGUUCAAAGAUACAUGUUGCAACGAAUCCACGUGGUGCUGAGUUAUUGCCUCCAGGGAUUGUUGUGUCAGAAACUGAUUUCUAUUUGCGUAGGUUAUGGGGUGAUCCCAAUGAGGAUUUGAAGCUUCGGCCAAAGUAUCUGGUCGCAUUCACCGUUGGGUUUGAUCAAAGGGAUAACAUAAAUACGGCGAUUAAAAAGUUUUCUGAGGACUUCACGAUUGUUCUCUUUCAUUAUGAUGGCCGGGUGAGUGAAUGGGAUCAAUUUGAGUGGUCAAAGCAUGUAAUUCAUGUCAGUGCAAGGAAGCAAACAAAGUGGUGGUAUGCGAAGCGAUUUUUGCACCCAGAUGUAGUAGCAGCUUAUGAUUACAUAUUUAUCUGGGAUGAAGAUCUAGGAGUUGAACACUUCAAUGCAGAAAAGUACCUUCAGUUGGUAAAGAAACAUGGCUUGGAGAUCUCACAACCUGGUUUAGAGCCAAAUAAAGGACUGACAUGGGAGAUGACGAAAAGGAGAGGUGACAGUGAAGUUCACAAGGAAACGGAGGAGAAAGAAGGUUGGUGUACUGACCCACAUUUGCCACCAUGUGCAGCCUUUGUGGAAAUUAUGGCACCUGUCUUUUCUCGAGAUGCUUGGCGUUGUGUAUGGCAUCUGAUUCAGAAUGAUUUGGUACAUGGAUGGGGAUUGGAUUUUGCACUAAGAAGAUGUGUCGAGCGUCCACAUGAGAAGAUCGGCGUGGUCGACUCGCAAUGGAUCAUACAUCAAGUUAUACCAUCUCUAGGGAAUCAGGGCCAAUCUGAGAGUGGGAAACCACCAUGGCAAGGGGUGAGAGAGAGGUGCAGAAGUGAGUGGGAGCUUUUCAAAGCUCGUCUUUCAGGUGCUGACCAGGCAUACUUCGCAGAAGUGGGUAGGGGGUAGCUUGGAGACUUUUUUGCCUAUAUUCUCUUCUUCUUCUGCUUCUUCUUCUUCUUCUUUUCUUUUCCCUUUACCUCCUUUCUGGUCUCUCUCAAGUUAGCAUAUUCAGGAAUUCCGUUUGUAUCUUUCCAUUCUUUUAAGUGAAAUUUUCUUCAUUACAUCAUAGCCGGGGCCCGCAAUUUCUUCAUGUGCCGGGGCCUGCAGUUGAUGUGAGGCAGGAAAUAUUCACUACUGUCCAUAAGCAAUACUCAGAGCAUGUGCAAUUUUUAAUCUUGCAGUUUUGUUAGUAUAGUUGAAUUUCCAUUUCAAUCAUAAUUGAGUCCAUCCCGAUCAAUGGUGUUUUAUAUGCCAAGGUGACAUUAGCUGGUAAGUAAAUUGAGGGAUUCUAUUCACUUAUCUUACAUGUGGCAGAGUGGAACCAAACAUCAAAUGAUUCAAAUGACAUGUGGGGCCAUGAUUGGUUUAUCCAAGCUGUUGAUCUGA